AUGGCAACCGACUGGGAAAGUCUGCUCUGGCAACCUUUGUAUACAGUAAAAGCCAAGACUGCAUAUCAUAGUGGACAUGGCAUGGACUUGAGUUUUGAAGAGGGUGAAAUUAUUGAUGUCUUGGGCAUCGAAAAUGAUGAUUGGUGGAAUGGUGCUGUAAUAAACUCUAACAAAUUUGGAUCAUUUCCCAAGAAAUUUGUCGAAGUGGUCUCUUCACAGAUAACAACUCCUUCUCGCAGACAAUCAACUAUGCAGAGACCAUCAUCUAAUUUGUCUCGAGAGCCGACGCACUCAAAUAAUGAUCGUUCUUCACAAGAUGAACAUCCAAAGAAGCAUGAUCGUUCUGCACAGCGUGUAAAGCCCUCUCAACAGGACCGAUCUUCGUACAUCGCUCGAACUAAUACUAAUUCCAAACCAGUAGACUUACCACAACGCCCAGUUACCCGACCAAAAGCUUCGCUGCCAUCCCGUUCCUCAUCAACGUCAACUGCGUCUAGCCUGAACUCUUCUAAACCGAAAUUAACCGAGAGUCUGAUUGAAUCCGUCCCGGAAUCCAUUACGGAUGCUUCAGACCGCGAAGACCCUCUCGCUAACUGUAAUCCUGUCUUGGAGGAGGACUUCGAAGGUUGUCUCGAUUGCUCCGUAAUUGAUUUCUCCAUCAUCGAUGACUGGGCACGCGAUGCGCCGGCAACUGAGAGUUCAUCUAUAGAUAGAUUGUCAGAGUAUCUUACUUCGGCAUGGGAUUAUGAUAUCUACAAACUAAGGUGUAUAUUUACUUGGAUUGCGCUAAAUAUUGCGUAUGACACUGCUAGUUUUUUCGCCGGUGAGUUGAAUGAAAGACAAGUAGGCGAACCAAAGUGUCUAGAAACUGAGAUAAAAAUGGUAUAA